AUGGCGACGGCAAGAAAAAGGAGAGAGCUUUUUACUAUUUUGGAAACUAGCGCGGACACAGAAACUACCACGGUGUGUGACAGUCAAGAGUCUCCGCUUAAUCUUUCGGCCGAUGUGAAGUGGUUUGAAAUUCCUUUCAGAAAGCCAGACUCGGACGACGAGGAAGACGAAGUGCGGGAGGAGGACGGCGAGGGGGAGAAUGGAUUCACAAGCACAGCAGCCGCGGCGGAGACUGCAGACGCGGCCAGCUUCAUCGCAGGAGGAGGCUGCAACAUUAUUUUGGUUACUGGUAAUGGAAUCAAGCACGACGAGGAGGAGUACGCAGAGGACUGCUAUUAUUCUGCCUCCAAUAACUGCUCUGAUACCACCUCAAACGACUCGGAUAUUGAUUUCUCCGAUUUGGAGGAGGAGGAGCGCACGAGUUUUUUCAGCUUUGAAGAUGACCUGGACGAGGACUGCACUUCUCCCGACUUCUGGGGUGAACCUGACCAGGUAAUUUCAAUCGAACCAUUCUCCGCUGUCAGCGGCCCUCAGCAUUCGCUGGGGGAUGAUGCUGACACCCGUGACUAUUUCCGGAUACUCUUCCCAGAUUCUCUUUUUGAACACAUGGUAGAACAAACAAACAAUUACGCCCUCUAUCGGCAAAGGAGGAGUGGGAAGUCAGACCCCCACUGGCACCCCACUGAUCUCAGAGAGAUGAAAGCUUAUGUAGGAUUGAACAUUCUUAUGGGCAUCAAUCAGCUUCCAGACUCUGGCAUGUACUGGGCCAGUGACAUUUUCAUUGGCAACGCAGGCUUUAAGAAAACAAUGACAGCCAGGCGCUUUGAAAAACUCACCCAGUAUCUCCAGCUGUGUGACCGUGAAUCUGAGCCCGUGCGUGGAGAGCGAGGCUAUGAUGGCCUCUUCAAGAUCCGGCCUCUUCUCGAUGUGGUGGAAAACACCAUGUGGGACGCCUAUGUGCCCAAUCGCUGUUUGACCAUCGACAAGUGCGCCAUUGCUGUGAAGGGACGCUUCUCCCCGACCCAGUACAUGCCCUCCAAGCCCCUGAAGAAGGGCCUGACUGUGUGGAUGCUCUGUGACUCACGGUCAGGCUACUGUCACCGGGCCAGAAUCUACGUGGCAAAACCCAGCGAGGACGAAGCGGCGGCCUCCCUGGGCUACAGGGUCGUGACCUCCCUUGUGCGAGGCCUGGAGGGCCAGUACCACCACCUCUUCAUGGACAGCUUCUUCACCUCUGUGCCCCUCCUCCAGAGACUGCUACGGGACGGGCUGUACGCCUGCGGCCCCACCCAGCCAGGACGCAAAGGUUACCCAGAGGUUCUCCGCCCACGCAAUGUUGGCAAGCUGUCCCCAGGUGAGUUCUACCAGUGCCAGCGCGGCAACCUGGUCGCCACCGUGACACGGGAUGUCAAGGUGGUUAGUUGCCUGUCCACUAAUUCGGCUCCAGGGAUUGUGGGUAUCAGCCCGGGCUGCCAGCAGCGUGAGACAGAAGGGGAUGGGGACAGCGACAGUGUGGACAGCUCAGGAAGCAGUGGCUUGUCUUUCGGGGUGCCACGGCCGCUUCCCUUGCUUCUGUACCAGGAGAACAUGAGGGGCGUGGACCUGUGCGACCAGCUAAGAGAAUGCUACCAGGUCGGCCGGCCUUGUAAGAAGUGGUGGCGCUACUUCCUGUGGUUCUAUGUCAACCUGUGCAUCGUCAACGCCUACGUCAUCCUGAGGGAGAGUCGUGGUGGCACGCCGCCAGCCGGGUUCAAUGGCAAGCAGUUCACCCAGCGCCACUUCCGGGUGCGCCUGGCCCAGCAGCUGAUUGGGGAUUACCAGGGGGCGAGGGGCAUGGAACGGGCAGCACGCAAGAGACACGCAGAUUCACCCAUAGAGUACGGACACCGCCUGGAGCGCAUGUCAGAGCGCUCUCGCCGCUGCAGGAACUGCACCAACAAGGGACUACGACAUGAAAGUGUGUUCGGCUGCAAGAUAUGCAAUGUCCACCUAUGCAGGGGAGGGUGCUUCUCUGAGUUUCAUAAAUAA